AUGGAGGGGCGCGGGCUGGACCGCAUCAGCGGCCUCCCGGACGACCUUCUGCAGGAGAUCCUCCUCCGCCUCCGCUCGCUCCCCGCCGCCGCGCGCACCAGCCUCCUCUCCCGUCGCUGGCGCCGCGUCUGGACCGGUCUCCCCGAGCUCGUCCUUGCCGGUUUCCACGCUCCGAGCACCUUCUUGCGCGCCGUGAACGGCACCCUCGCCGCCUACUCUGCCCCGACCGUCUCCGCCCUCACCAUCACCGUGCCCGAGGUCGAAGGUUUCCACGUCCCCUACUGCCCCACUGCCGCGUGGCUGCGCUUCGCCUCGCGUCGCGUCGCUGGCACGUUCUCUCUCACCCUCACCAAUUUCCCCUCUCCCGUCACUAUUAAUGCGCUCAAGCUGCCCCCGUGCGGGAGAGCGACGAGCAUCACGCUCUCCCUCGACUGGUUCACACUCAGACUCCGGCCGCUGGGUUCGUUCCCGGCGCUCACCGUCCUGACGAUACAGUGGGCCGUAGUGGACGCCCAGGAGCUCGGAGAACUCAUCUCCUCCAUGUGCCCGCGCCUCACGGACCUUACCCUGCGCGUCCAACCCCUCACCGACCGAGCCGUCUCCGUCUGCUCCACCUCUCUUAAGCGUCUCAAGUUCCAGCUCAACGAGUCCGCCUGCCCGCUCGAGGUCGUAGCCCCUGUGCUCGAAGUGUUUGUUCUGGGUUGCCCCUUCAUCGAAGCUCACAUCUCGGCCCCGAAGCUCGCCGAGGCUAACGUCCCGGGCCUUAACCGGUGCCACUUCGCGGACGAUGUGCCUCGCCGUCUCCGGCGGCUACAGACCACGCGAUACUACGGAGAUGGAACACCUCCCCUCAGUCCCCUCAAGAUGCGGCGGUUCGAUGCAGUCGACGAGCUGAGGCUGCGCGUCUGCAUUGAAGUGGAAGGAUACAGUAACUUCUUGGAUGAUCUGGACAAACUUCCAAUGUGUGAAACCUUGUCGGCAAACGUAACAGGGCGUCACUAUGGCUAUUUUCCAAGCAUGCCACUUCUCUUGAGGAUGCGCAACAGUUUAAGGAAGCUUGUGUUGGAGAUAUAUGAGAUGAAAAAUAUAUGCUUGUUGGAUUGUCCGUGUCGUUUGACGGCGAGUCACCAGGCGGAUAACAGUACCCUUGAUUCACUUGAAGAGAUAGAGAUCCGUUCAUUUAAGGGAACAGAUGACCAUGUGGAAUUCCUAAAGCUGCUUCUGUCCAAAUGCAGUCCAACAAAGCUGAUAAAUGUGGAAAUUAAUAUAUCUUACAUCUAUGAACCGUACCUUGAUCUACCUGCUCCAAUUGAGGAGGUGGUCGACAAGGUCCGCGCUAUUUGUCGUCCAAAUCUUAAAGUCAGAGUACAUAUCACUUCCAACAACGGGAUUUCAGAAAUAGUAUUGUGAGAACUGGAUACUAUAUAUGCAUGCCGAGUUGGGCCCAUAUUCAGAGUACAUUUGGCGUCAUGAACGUGCGUGGGUUUUAUUUCUGUAACCUAAAUCCUAGACAGUACAAGUUUUGAACUUUUGGUUAGUAAAUGUUUGCCUUAUAAGAUCUAUAGUGCUGAAUUUCAUA